AUGGUCAGCGUUCAGGAUGCGAUGCCAUCGGCGGCAGCACACAUCGCCAGGAGCAUCUCCAAGAUCGGUGGCGUCCAGGACGCCGUGGUCGCAGGCAGCGUGUUCGCUGGGAAAGCCGACGAGAUCGAGGUGUGUAUAAACGACGUCGAUGGUUCCAGAGGGGGGAUCCGGCGGCGGCGGCACGGGCGUGGUGCUCGUGGUGCUCGCCUGGGCGCUGCUGGCGGCCUGCGCCGUGGGGUCCCUGGUGGCGGGGGGGGCCCUGCUCGUGCCGAAGCUCCGGGCGAUGAGGAGAGCGCGCAGCCUGGCAAGCCCGCGGCUGCGUCCGCGACGGCCGCCGGCUGGUUCGGUCAGUUCAGGAAUUCACCGCCGCCUGUCCCGCGGCGCCGCAAGCGGCGAGCACGCGCACCCCCAGACGCCCGAGCGCGGCGUCAGCGCAGACUACGCGGGCAGCGCGCACGACGAGGAGAGCGGCAGCGCCUCAUCCCCUCCGGCAGCGCCCGCGUCCCCUCGAGCAGCGCCCACAGCCACGCCUCUGGCCGCCUCCCCGGCCCGGCCUCGCCUGGCACCGGCGCCAAGAGCAACAGCAGCAGGCGGCUCGGGAAGGGCUGGCCUCCGGGCUACGAGCCGCUGCAGCGCGAGACCGGAGCGGGGGCGUAG